AGCCUCAAAUUCGGGCUUGAACAAUGUUUUUGCCUUAGCCUCCUGAGUAACUGGGAUUACAGGCGUGCACCACCAUGCCCAGCUAGUUUUUCUAUUUUUAGUAGCUCUUGCUUUUGCUGAGGCUGGUCUCAAACUCCUGACCUCAAGCAAUCCACCUGUCUUGGCCUCCCAGAGUACUAGAGUUACAAGCAUGAGCCACUACACCGAGCCUAGUGGGAUCAAAUUUUACUUUCGAUGUUUAAAGCCAGCCAGCACUAGGGUGUACAUGGCCUAGGAAUCAUUCUUGGCUGCAUAUUGCCCUCCUGGUCCCGUAAAAAAAUAAAAAAUAAUAAAGCCAGAAUAUAAGGUGAAAAUCUCAAGUGGACAAAAUUCAAAAUGUAUGGUAUGUGUAGUUCAUAGAGUACAUGUGCAAAAUGCGAUUUUAUAGUAUUUUUAAUUUAUAAUUGUAAUUUUCCCCCCAGAGACAUCAUUGAAUUUAUGUAAGUUAAAUGCACGUGUAAUACGACUUCCAUGAAUAAUCUUCUGUAUCUCUUACUCUAAGUGAAACUUGUUCCUGAGGCAAAUAUAACGUUUGGAGCCAUUAACAUGCUCUAAAACUUGGCUGGUCUUCUACUUCUAGGAUGAGGAAUUAAAUAAGUUGACCACCAGCUGUCUUCUGUGGCAGUUUAGCUGCCUGGAUGCUGGUUGGAGAGAUGGGACAGAGGCUUCUUACAUCUGGGUGGCCUCCGCACUGCCCUGUACAACUACAUCUUUGCCAAGAAACACCAGGGGAGCUUCAUCCUGAGGCUGGAGGACACAGAUCAGAACCGCCUUGUGCCUGGGGCAGCGGAGAAUAUUGAAGACAUGCUGGAGUGGGCAGGUAUCCCCCCCGAUGAGAGCCCCCGCCGAGGAGGUCCUGCUGGGCCCUACCGGCAGUCUCAGCGGCUGGAGCUAUAUGCCCAGGCCACGGAAGCCCUGCUAAAGACUGGAGCUGCUUACCCCUGUUUCUGCUCACCCCAGAGGCUGGAGCUCCUGAAGAAAGAGGCCCUGAGGAACCGCCAGACGCCUCGGUAUGACAAUCGGUGCCGGAACCUGAGCCAGGAGCAGGUGGCCCAGAAGCUGGCCAAGGAUCCUAAGCCUGCUAUCCGCUUCCGCCUGGAAGAGGCAGCACCAGCCUUCCAGGACCUGGUAUAUGGCUGGAAUCGGCAUGAAGUGGCCAGUGUGGAAGGAGACCCAGUUAUUCUGAAGAGUGAUGGCUUCCCCACAUACCACCUGGCUUGUGUGGUAGACGACCACCACAUGGGGAUCAGCCAUGUGCUGCGGGGUUCUGAGUGGCUUGUCUCCACCUCCAAGCACCUGCUUCUCUACCAAGCCCUGGGCUGGCAGCCACCUCAGUUUGCCCACCUCCCCCUGCUCCUCAACAGGGAUGGCAGUAAGCUUUCUAAGCGGCAAGGGGACAUAUUCCUGGAGCACUUUGCUGCUGUUGGCUUCCUGCCUGAUGCUCUCCUCGAUAUCAUCACGAACUGUGGCUCAGGGUUUGCAGAGAAGCAGAUGGGCCGGACUCUGCCGGAGCUGAUAACACAGUUCAACCUGAUGCGGGUCACCUGCCACUCAGCACUGCUGGACCUGGAGAAGCUCCCAGAAUUCAACAGGCUACACCUCCAGCGGCUGCUGAGCAGUGAGACCCAGAGGCGCCACCUGGUGAGGACACUGCAGGCCCUUGUGGAGGAGGUGUUCGGGAGCCAGCUGCAGGACAGGGAUGUCCUCAACCCAGCCUAUGUGGAGAGGGUCCUCCUGCUAAGACAGGGCCACAUUUGCCACCUGCAGGAUUUAGUCUCUCCAGCAUACUCCUACCUGUGGACUCGCCCCACUGUGAGUCGAGCACAGCUGAGCGCCAUCUCAGAGAAGGUGGAUGUGAUUGCCAAGCGCAUGCUGGGGGUUUUAGAAAGAUCUGGUACGAGCUUAACUCAGGAAGUGUUGAAUGGAGAAUUGAAGAAGCUAUCAGAAGGCCUAGAAGGCACCAAGCACAGUAACGUGAUGAAGCUCCUUCGAGUGGCCCUCAGUGGACAGCCGCAAGGACCUCCUGUCGCUGAGAUGAUGGUGUCCUUGGGACCAAAGGAAGUGCGGGAACGAAUCCAGAAGGUGCUUUCCAGCUAGAGAGAGGAUGUGCAGGAUGAUGCAUGUGGCCCUAGGAAUCUGUGCCCUUGGGACCUGUCUCCAGAGGAGAGAAGGAGGUCCGAGACCCAGGGGGAAGCUCAUGGAAGGAACUAAACAUGGAAACAGAAUCUGACUACACACUGCAUAUGUAGGGCUCCACGGUGGGCCUGGCCUUGACAGUUGGCUAGGAUCUAUCUCACCUUGACUCUGGAAGGAAGGCCUGCUGUCUGGUUUUUUUUGUUUGUUUGUUUUUGUUUUUUGGUUUUUUUUUUUUGAGACAGUCUCACUUAGUUACCUGGGGUUGAAUGCCAUGGCAUCAUACCUCAUAGCAAACUCAAACCCUUGGGCUCAAGUGAUAAUCUUACCUCAGCCUCCUGAGUAGCUGGAUUGUAGGCACCUGCCACAACACCUGGCUAUUUUUGAGAUGGGGUCUUGCUCUAGCUCAGGCUAGUCUCAAACUCUUUAGCUCAGGCAUUCUGCCUACCUCAGCCUCCCAAAGUGCUGGGAUUAUAGGCAUGAGCCACUGCACCCAGCCUCCGCUAUUCUUCUUAUAGAUGGGGUCUCGUUCUUGCUCAUGCAAGUCCUCGAACUUCUGAGAUCAGGCAGUCCACCUGCCUCAGCUUCCCAGAGUGCUAGGAUUAUGGGUCUGAGCCUCCCUGCCCAGCCUCUGUCUGGUUUUUGACACAUUACAUAACAGAGGUUAGGAGUUCACAGAAAAGUUAACAUCCCAGAGCAGUCCAGAGAAUUUGGGUAUUAGUUGGCUAGAACUGCCAUAACAAUAUCCCAUAGAGCUAGGUGGCUUAGAAACCAGAGACUUUCUCACUGUUCUAGAGGCAACAAGUCUAAGAUCUAGGAGUGAACAGCAGUGGUCUUUCCUCCAUUCAUGCACGUCCCUGAUAACUCUUUCUGGGUCCAGAAUUGUCAGGAUACCAGUCACAUUAGAUUAGCUGCUCACCCUGGCAGCUUCAUUUUAACAUGAUCACUUCCUUAAAGGCUCUAUCUCCAAACAUAGUCACAUUCUGAGGUCUGAGGGGUUACUUCAACAUAAGAAUUGGGGUGGGCAAAAUUCAGCCCAAAACAGCUCAGCAGCACUGUGGAGUCACCAGUCUCAGAGCUCAGAUCUAAUCCCUGUUUAGAUUCAGAGCAACCAAGGACUGUCGACACAGCAGGACUGAACUGGACACCAAACUUUGGGAGCUAUAAAGAGAGAAGUAAGUUACUCUGAGUGUAAGCUCAUGUUCUAUGCUAGUCUUUGUCCUUGGGGUAGGCUGUUUCCUUUCCCUAAAGCUUAUUGGUUCUUCAGACCUAGUUCUUGGACUGGAGACCUUUGCCCUUCCUAUUUUGUGGCUUUUUCUUCAUAUCCACUUCUUCUUUCUACUUUUAUUUGUAGGUCAUUGUCUACAGAUUUCUGAAAGGAGUGUUCUCCUUGGGGUCUUCUGUGAAUAGGAAUAAAUAAAGGGAAUGGAGGAUGUUGCUGAGGGACAAAAUGCCCUACAAGGCUUUUUAGCUUCCUCUGCGUGGCAACCAGCCUCUAAGAUGGCCCCAGUGAUCCCUUCCUCCUAGUACUCACACCCUUGUGUGGUUCCUUCCCUCACUGAUUAGGGGUGACUUCUGUGAUCUGUAAGCUAUUGAGAAAAUGAUAGUUUGACUCCGGACUUCUGUACAAGUCCCACUGGGUGGAUGGAUCUGGAGGGAGUGGGCCACAGUCCUCAGUCUUGGUGUCCUGCAGUGCAGUCUUCCCACCAUGGAUUCCCCCAGCCCGUUGGGAAGGUCUCACCCAGCUGAACCUCAUAGGAGGAUUGUUCUGAGCCCAAGUUAAAGGGAUGCUCUCCAAGCAUCCUUUGCCAUGAAUCCCUACCCGAGUAUCAGCACCCAGGAGAAGCUGGCGGAGCAAACGGGCCUGCUGGAGCCUCAAAUCCAGAUUUGGUUCCAAAACAGAGAAGGUGGCCUGAAGCAGAAGCAACUAGAAGCUGAGUCUUGGCCCUAGGAGGGCCUGCCCAGAGAAGAGUGGCGAAAAUGCACAACCAUCACUGCCUGGCAGACCUCUAUACUCAUUGGAGCCUUCCAGAGCAACCGCUUUCCUGGAAUCGCCACCAGGGAGGCACUAGCCAGACAGACAGGCCUCCCAGAGUCCAGAAUUCACAUCUGGUUUCAGAACCCAAAGGCCCACAGGGGACCCCUGUGCUCAGCCUCCCCUGGCGCUAGAGAGUCCCCCGACGGCGACAGCGGUGCUGUUUCGCACACAGAGCCCUCUGUGGCCGCCGUACCAAGGACACAGCCAGGGCCAUGCUGGCCUGGCAGGUGCACACGUGGUGGCCUGAGCUGCUGGGCCUGGGAUCCGCUCAGCAAAUGGCGAUCCAUGCUGGGCAAUGGUGGGGCUGGGUCCAGGGGCCCCAGGCCAUCCAGGCCCUGUGUCCACCUGGAGAAGCGCCGGCAGCCCCUCCACAACCCACACCUGGCCAGUCUCCACUGGGGCAGGCGCAGACUCCAGCCCCCGGAGAGCCCAGUCCUGGCCUCCAGGAACCCCCUGGGGAACCCGCACCAGGCUCCUGCCUCUUAGAUGAGCUCCUGUCAGCCCCGGAGUUUCAGGCAGUGGCACGGCACGACCCUUUGUGGAUCUGGAUGCACAGGAGGAGGACCUGCCGGAACCAGAACCACCCCUGGGUCAGGAAGAAUUUCAGGCUCUGCUGGAUGAGCUGGAGAGUUCACCAGAGCCUCAGCUGUAAGAGGAGAUAGGCAUCCUUGAUCCUAUCCCUACCCGCCCCCACCCCUGCCCUGUGGCUGCCACCCCAGGGACCUGCUGUCCCUGCCCUGGCGGCCACCAGCUGCUUUAGAGGGAUUCCUGUGUCAGAACUGUGCUCCACCCAGCUGAGAUCACCGCUUGCACGUUCACCCACUCUCGGCACCUUCAUAGGCUCACAAGUCGCUGUCUCGGCACCAGGGGACACAAACAGCCUAUGACCUGCCCAUUCAAACUCUCCGACCUCUUCCAAUACCUCAGACAGAUGCCAGAUGGUUCAGUAAACUGGGAAAACCCAGACUCAUUCCCAAAGCUGGCAUGUUUAAGCAGAAAAUGUCUUUUUGGGUGGCUGUGCCUUGGGAAAGUUCAUCCCUAGGGAUUGGAUGGAACGGAGGAUAUCGAUUGAAGCUAGUCGUGCUGGGGUGGAACUGACCGCAGGUAGGUCCCAAGGCCUCAGGCUCCCAGGAAAGAGAGAGACAGUUCCCCUCCAGGUCACUCUGAGAGCAGAUCGCAGACCUAGAGGCUGGACCCACUGACCAUGGAUGUGCUCUGUCCCCAGACACCUCUGAGC